AAUUGGCAUGGCAACUAUAGCUGUUGAAUGGGCUGUGCUUUGUUUGGGUUGGAGUGGAAACCUACAGGGCAAUAGAACAGGGUUGGGCAGCCCUGAUGUAAUAUGUUGGUCGUCAUCUCAAUAAUAAUUGAUCAUUUAUCUAAUUUCUAGUGUCACAUUCCAUACAAAUCAAGUACAGAGCCCCACCCCCAUACGAUGAGGUCACCUGCCCUUUCCACCAGUGCAUGGAAUGGAAAACAUAACCUGUAGUUAGUUUAUAGAUUAAACAGCCUUAAAUAUUGUGAUUGUAACUUCAGAAAUGCAUGUGGAAGUAAGAGAUGCACAUCCGUUGCAGCGUAUUCUCAAAUUCGCAAAGACACCUCCACGCUCUGAAGAGUGGGGUUUCAGAAUGUUUGCUCAGUCAGUGUUCUAGAACUCCACUGCUGUCAGUCAGCAUUAGUGAUUGUGACAUCAGCAUUAGAAUGUUCAGUAAAGAACACUCUAAUCGCACGUUUGCGAUCUCGCACCUGAAAGGGUGAAUUAAAGAGCAGCAGGGCGAUUGCUGAUCGAUCCCCCGUUGCUGUUUUUUUUUAGUACUGGCAGUGUAUAGAAGGCUGUGCUUCUCUGCGAUGACUCACACUCCCAGGGCAGAACAGGCGAUCCUCGAAAUGUCACACAGAGGCACACACAUACACAGCGCGGCUAUGCACACAUACACACACACACAUACAUGCACUCUACCUACACACACAAACACUGUAAGCCCACCUCAAAGCAUGGUGAGAUGACAUAAUAGCAUGUGACAAAAUCCAGUGGUCAUCAAAGGGUACAGGAUAGAAACUGUCUUUAUUUCAGGAUCAACAUCAAUGAUUAACCAUACAUGUGUGUCACCUUGUGUAUUAUGUGGUGGUGUUUUUAUGUUUCCCUGACACUGGCUCUUUAAAUGGCAUGAGAGCUACAGUGCAUCCCCAUGACCUCAUCCCUUCGAGCGGUCGUUGACAGACCGAGAUGAAGCGUUUGAAUUUGAGGCACGGAAUCUGGCUCACGCGGGCCAGGCCGAACGGACAGGAGCGAACAGGCGGAGGAGUACACGGCGGACUUCCCCUUUAAGAAUAUCCCCCCCAUGGGCUCCCCUGGCAUUUCAGACGGGAGAGGUUCGAGUCACGGUAUUUAUACACGGUUUUUCCUUAACGGCUAGACUCGAGCGCAGCGCUGCGUAAACAGCUGUGUGCUGAAAGUCCUGUGGACCGGUUUCUGCUGCAGCCGAUAAGAGGGCGCUGCGACACGGCGCCGUGUAAACACGCACUAUUGUGUGUAUAAAUACACGCCGUGCUGUGUACAGCUGUAGCCCAGGCACAACAAGGGCGAACGUCUCGACCCCCAUCCCAGCGCCGAACGCAGCGUGGCGUGCGGAGAGGUAGCAGAACGGCGAUCCUGAACUCACCCCAGGUGCGUCAACAGGGCCGGCCGGCAGCCUGCGGGCUGUGGUACGUGACUGGGACCCGGAAGGUCGGUGGUUCAAGCCCCGGUGUAGCAACAGCUGUUGGGCCCUUGAGCAAGGCCCUUAACCCCACAUUGCUCCAGGGGGUGAUUGUCCCUUUCUUAUCAACUAAUAAACUACUAAUUUGCUUUGGAUAAAAGUGUCAGCUACAUUAUGAAUUAAUUAUACAGUGAAACUUGAUCCCUGGCCCAUAGGCAUUGCAUAUUCAUAAUUCUUGCAAAUAACCCUGGCUGAGUUGGACAACCGAGUUAAUAAGCUGUAUUUGUUGAAUUGACUCAUUUUCCUUUACGCAUUGUGAAAUAUUUGAAUAUGGGGAUGGAUGUACCGUCUUCAGCAGUGUAUUAUUUCACCAUAUUAUGGUAAGUAGGUAAGUAGUUGGCAUUUAUAUAGCACCUUUAUCCAAAGCGCUGGUUGGCUGCCAUGCAAGGCGCCAACCAGCUCAUCAGGAGCAUUUGGGGGUUAGGUGUCUUGCUCAGGGACACUUCGACACAGCCCAGGCAGGGGAUCGAACCAGCAACCUCCUCCCCUCCAACUGCGCCAUGUCACCAGGCAAUGGCAAAUGAAGAAAGCCACUGUGAUAAUUAAGGAAAUGAAUACAUUUGUAUUUCAUUUCAUUCAAGUUGUGAACUCCUAGCUGGUUAUGAGUGUGCUGUCCCUCUGCGGAGAUGUGCUUUCCUCUUCAAGGUCCCAUAUUGCACACCUUUCCAGUGUUUUAUUUUAGGUCCUGAUAUCCACAAGAAGAGGUUUUUGUGUUUUUUGUUUUAACCCAGCACUAGGACACCUUGCAGAUAAUAACUUGAUCGAGGCUGUCUGGGAUUAUCUACAGAGCCAGAAGCAAGCAAGACAGCCGGUCUGCUGAAGAACUGUGGCAAGGGUUGCGCUUCGUUCUUUGCGCCUGCCGUGGAUGGGAAGAUGGAAUCGGAGGGGCAGUGGUGGAAGGGCCAGCUGGCCGCAGACAUACACCAGUCUCUCCGCAUCAAGGAGCUGAAGUUGCCGGCGUUCCGGGCCCACUCCCCGCAGAUCGGGAUGCGGCGGUACUUCGCGGACCUGCUGGCCAUCCUCAGUAACCGCUACCAGCUGUGCCCCGCCGCCCGCCACCUGGCCGUGUACCUGCUGGACCUGUUCAUGGACCACUACGACGUGGCCGUCAAGCAGCUCUACGUCAUCGCCCUGUCCUGCCUGCUCCUGGCCAGUAAGUUUGAGGAGAAGGAGGACCGUGUCCCGAAGCUGGAGCAGCUGAACGCCCUGGGCUUCAUGUGCAGCCUGAACCUGGCCCUGAACAAGCGGGACCUCAUCCGCAUGGAGCUGCUCCUCCUGGAGACCUUCGGCUGGAACCUGUGCAUGCCCACGCCCGCGCACUUCAUCGACUACUACCUCCACACCUCCGUGCGCGAGAGCGACCUGCACCACGGCUGGCCGCUGGCCUCGCUCUCCAAGACCAAGGCCUUCAUGGACAAGUACACGCACUACUUCCUGGAGGUGUCUCUGCAAGACCACGCCUUCCUGAGUUUCCGGCCCUCCCAGGUGGCGGCCGCCUGCAUUGCCUCGUCCCGGAUCUGCCUGCAGAUCUCUCCCAGCUGGACCUCCCCCCUGCACCUCCUCACCGGCUACAGCUGGGACCACCUCACGCCCUGCAUUGAGCUCAUGCUGCUUGCUCACGACAAUGACGUAAAGGAGGCCAACAAACCCAAGCCCAGCCCCGCUCUGGGCCAGGUCUCCCUGCGGGGGCAUCCCACCCCCCCGUCCUGCACCCCCUCCCCCGCCCACAGACCGGCCCCCGCCUCCGCCCAGCCGCUGCUGUUCCCGCCCGGGGCCUUCCCACACCUCCCCCAGCACGCUGCGCCCCUGGCCCAGCUGCACGCGCUAGGCGAGUCCCCGGCUUUGGGGCCUGUGGUGGCCCAGGACUACCUCCAGGCCCACAGGGUGGGGCUGCUCUCGGGCGGGGCAGGGGGUGCCAGCUUCCACCCGUACGUGGGGCUGGGGUCCGGGCUGGGGUCCGGGGGUGGUCUGCCCCCCCUCCAGGCUCCGCUCUCCAUGCAGGUUGCCCUGGCCUCCGAGCCCCGACACUGCCUGGGCGUGGCGUACGGGGGCUACCUGGGGACCCACCACGCCUUCGCGGCCGGCUGCUUCGACAGGUGACGCCAGGACCGGGGGGGGCACCCCACGCCGCCCCCCUCCCCGGGGCCCCGCCCCGCCCUCCCGCGCGCAGAGACACAGGAAGCGCAAACGCGAGGCCGCCGUCGACCCCGCUGAGGUCAUCGUGCUGACGUGACUCGCGGUGACAUCUUCGGCCCUGCUUUUUCAACCUCCGACCAGAGAGGCGCUGUUUUUGAGGAGGUCGUUUGCGCUGUUUUCAGCCGCUGUGCGUUAGCACGUUAGCCAGGCUAAAGACACAACGCCUGCCUGCCUGCUCGCUCUCGAGCUGCUCGUUUUAGAACUCGAGACUGAAAUGAGAACGGAAGAAAUGAAAUGUGGACAAACGGGAGUGAGGUCAUUUCAACCCGCCGGGAGAAUGUCUGGGGUUAAAGGUCCGGUAAUCGGGGAAGCCGUCCCCUCUCCCUCAGUUCUCUGAUCUUUGGAGUUGCAGAAUAAUGUUUCCCACAAUGCAACAGGAGUCAGGUUAGAAUGGGGGGGGGG